AAAGGCCGCUUCUUCCUUCUCGGCGUCCUCGUCCUCGCACCUCCGCAUUUCCCCAAAAUACCCCUCGCUUAAACCCUCCGCCGUCCCGCCGCCGCUGCGGCCGCCUUCACCUCCGCCGCAGCCAUGCGCCGCUUCCUCCAAGCCGUCCGCCCGCUCCAAACCCUAUCCCUCAACCCCUCUGCCGGUACCCCCACCCCUCUCCGCCUCCUCUCGUCCUCCUCGGCGGCCGCGUCCUCGGACUCCGACUCCGCCCCAGCCCCGGUCCCGGCUGCCGAUGCCGACUUCGACAGCGCCGAGUACGCCCUCCCGACCCCGGGCCCCGCCCCCUCCCGAAAAAUCAACAACCCGGUCGCCGCGACGAGGAAGCUCCGGUUCGACCCCUCCCUCCGCGCGCGCGCCGACGAGGCGCUCUUUGGUAAGGGGAUGGGCGCGGCGGCCGUUGAGGAGGAGGACGAGGACCGCUCGCGGGACGUGGCGCUCGCGCUGCUCGAUGCCGCGAUGGAGCCGCCCGACGAGGAUGAAGAGGAUUUCGGGGAGGUCAGGCAAGAAGACCAGAUGUCGCUUUCCGUUGGCAUUGUCGGCGCGCCCAACGCCGGCAAGUCCUCGCUCACAAAUACCAUGGUUGGGACAAAAGUGGCUGCAGUCUCCCGCAAGACAAAUACUACGACUCACGAAAUUUUGGGGGUGCUAACAAAAGGGAACACACAGAUAUGCUUUUUUGACACCCCAGGGCUCAUGUUAGGGCACCAUGGAUUUCCUUAUAGGGAUGUCACAGUUCGUGUGGAGAGUGCCUGGAGCUCAAUUAACCUCUAUGAUUUACUAAUAGUCAUGUUCGAUGUCAAUAGGCAUCUUACUCUGCCUGAUUCACGUGUCAUAAAAUUAAUCAAACGUUUGGGUAUGGAGGUGAACCCAAACCAGAGGCGUAUAUUGUGCAUGAAUAAGGUUGACCUGGUGAAAGACAAGAAGGACCUCCUUAAAGUUGCAAAAGAAUUUGAAGAUCUUCCUGGAUAUGAAAGGUACUUCAUGGUAUCUGGGCUAAAAGGCAAGGGAGUGAAAGACCUUGUACAGUACUUGAUGGACCAGGCAGUAAGAAGACCUUGGGAUGAAGAACCAACUGUAAUGACUGAAGAGGUAAUGAAAACAAUAUCAUUGGAGGUUGUGCGGGAGAAGAUGCUGCAUCACAUCCACCAAGAAAUCCCCUAUGUAAUUGAGCAUCGUCUGAUGGGUUGGAAGGAGCUAAAAGAUGGUUCUCUUAGGGUGGAACAGCACUUCAUUGCACCAAAGCAAAGCCAACGUCAGAUUCUUGUUGGUAAAAAUGGCUCUAAGAUAGGGAGAAUCGGUAUUGAAGCCAAUGAAGAACUGAGGUCCAUAUUCAAGAGAGAUGUCCAUCUAAUUCUCCAAGUUAGAGUUGCGAAAAGGAGAAAUGCUUGAACAGAUUGUGAUUUUUAGUGCCUGUAUAGACUGCAAGUGAUCUGAGAACUGCAGUGCAGUGUUGGCACAAUGUAUUCAGGGGACAGUGCUUGGGUGCAUCAGUUCCAGGACUGCUUCCAUAGAACUUUGGAUCUAGGAUUUACCGGAGGCACUGAGCUAUACCCAAGCGUGUGGAGCCUUGAUUUCUGAAGAAAACAUAUAUCGGCAACAAUUCACAUGGCAGUGGUGACAAGGAAAUGGCUUGCCCAAUGGUGAGCUGCUGCACCACAUGUCCGCGAAUCUUGGGUUUGUGAUACUGAUAUAGACUAGACCACUAACCUGAUUUACCUACUUUCUGAUUCAAAAAGUAGCCCCCUCUUUAUCAGGUAUCGGCCUGUGUUUUCUAUAGGUUCUUUAAACAGUGUUGUAAUAAUAUGAUAUGAUGAUCGGGUAUGUCCGACGUUGAAGUUUGCUGCUGGUUCUCCGCAGUGUUCUGAACAGUAGAAAUUUCAGGAUGAAAUCCGGUGGUGCUCUAGCUCUACCUUGUAAACUGCACGAUCGUUGUGUAAGGAAAAUUUUUAUCACUCGCCGCCCUUUUCAUUGGGCUUGAUUGAUGAUUUAUUCUGUCA